AUGUUCCCAAACCUCGCCCCACUGUCCUCUUCCGGCUCGCCCGCCCCCCAUGCAGCUCCGACGGCCCCAUCCCGAGCAGCUUUUCCAUCAGAAUACUGUGGGUUUGCGUCUGACUCCGGCCUCCGCUGGCUUCCUGUGAGCGGCGACAUGAUAAAAGACAGGUGUCGGAGCUUCCACAGCGAUGGCGAGGAGCGGCGGAACAACGGCCAAAUCCGCAGAGUUCCAACAGUCGCACUCGCAGACGCCACGUUCUCUUCUCCGUGUCACGUCACGACGCCGCGAAAAGCUUUGGAGAAAAUGGUGAAUGAUGAAAGCAAAACACGCUAA